AUGGUAGCUUUUGGCUGUAUAAGGGUGAACGACACAUCCGGCAGCAUCUUCCACGACUGUGGCGCCAUGGCCACGCCCCGCGACCUUGUGGCUGAUGGUCAGUUGAUGACCUUGACCUUCCACACCGACGAAUCGGGCGCCUCGGUCGGAUUCAGAGCGACGUACACAGGACUGUGCGGUGGGGAUGUAACAGGAAACACGUCACUGGUGACACCCAACUACCCAGGUGACCCACCCGAUGUGACCUGUGAGUGGUCACUAGGUCAGACCAACGUCCUUCAUACUCUCGCCCUGGAGGGUCACGACAAAGACAGGCUACCCGCGUGCGGGAGCUCACCUUUCAAGGUCAUUUGUUUUGUCCUGAUUCAGAACGAGAGUAUUAUAAUAUCUUUAUAA